AAACGAAAGUCGGUCGCGUCCUAACCGUACCGGUUCUUUGACACCCAUUCGUUGUAAAAUUAGUCAGUUAUUCGGCUAAAUCGUCCGUGUGCGGAGACGUGCGACCGGUGUAACGCAACCGAUAUUUUUACCCUGUCAGGCACGCGCCGUUUCUCUGCGGAUAGAGAUCGAAUAGUGCGAGAGAAGAGAACGAUCAGUUGUGUGCGGCUCGCUGGUCGGGUGUUUGUUUGCAGUUGCACCCGAAUUCCGAAGGAUACGCAACACGCACGGGAACGCGAUGAUCAUUGAUUGUCGGCGAGCGACGUCUGCGUCUUGCUGGGCAUCAUCAUCGUCGUUGUUGUCGAAGUAACUGUGCGUGCUUACAUAUACGGAAAGUUGGGAAAUUUCGGAUCGCCGGUUGGUUUCGGUGCGCUAGCCAUCGAGUUGGACGCCGCCUGCCAUGGCGCUCGGCAAUGGUAAUGCCGCCAACGGGGGUGUUGCGCAGGAAAAGGCGCCGGUCGUCAAUGGGACAAAUAUGGAAACGCUGCCCAGGCAGAAUAAACAACAGGAUCCGAACACGGCGUUUCUGAAAGCAGCUAGGGCAGGUCAAUUGGAUAAAAUACAAGAGUACUUGGACAGCGGAACAAUACGAGACAUAAACACGUCGAAUUCCAAUGGCCUUAACGCGCUGCAUCUCGCCGCUAAGGACGGACAUGUCGACGUUGUGCAGGAGUUGCUCAAGCGAGGUGCGAUCGUCGACGCGGCCACCAAGAAAGGAAAUACGGCUCUUCACAUUGCGUCAUUGGCCGGGCAAGAAGAAGUUGUCCGCUUGUUGAUCCAAAACGGCGCCUCCAUCAACGUGCAGUCGCAGAACGGCUUCACGCCGUUGUACAUGGCGGCGCAAGAGAACCACGAUGGCGUCGUCAAAUAUCUACUGGCGAAAGGCGGCAAUCAAACAUUGGCGACCGAGGAUGGCUUCACACCGCUGGCAGUCGCAAUGCAGCAGGGACACGAUAAGGUCGUUGCAGUUCUGCUGGAGAAUGACACGCGCGGAAAGGUGCGUCUGCCAGCUCUUCACAUUGCAGCUAAAAAGGACGACUGUAAAGCAGCCCAAUUACUAUUAACGAACGAACAUAAUCCAGAUAUCACAUCCAAGAGUGGCUUUACACCACUCCACAUCGCAGCUCAUUAUGGCAACGAUAAGGUAGCUUCCCUACUCUACGAAAAAGGUGCCGAUGUUAAUUACACAGCUAAACACAACAUCACACCACUGCACGUGGCGAGUAAGUGGGGUAAAAUGAACAUGGUGUCGCUGCUUGUGGCAAAGGGUGCCGACAUACAAGCAAAGACACGUGACGGUUUGACACCCUUGCAUUGCGCCGCACGGUCAGGACAUGAUCAAGUGGUUGAUAUGCUCCUUGAGAAUGGAGCGCCGAUGCACUCGAAAACGAAGAACGGCCUUGCGCCAUUGCACAUGGCGGCGCAAGGUGAGCACGUGGACGCCGCACGCAGUCUCCUUUUCCAUGGCGCACCUGUUGACGAGGUGACCGUGGAUUAUUUGACGGCUCUGCAUGUCGCGGCGCAUUGCGGUCAUAUUCGUGUAGCGAAACUUUUGUUGGAGCGCGGAGCGGAUCCAAACGCGCGGGCUUUGAAUGGGUUUACGCCGCUGCACAUUGCGUGCAAGAAGAAUAGAAUAAAGAUGGUAGAACUGUUGCUGAAACACAAUGCUAACAUUGGCGCUACAACGGAGAGCGGUCUUACGCCGCUGCACGUUGCGAGUUUCAUGGGUUGCAUGAACAUUGUUAUCUAUUUAUUACAACACGAUGCCAGUCCGGACAUCCCAACCGUACGAGGGGAGACGCCGCUGCAUUUGGCAGCGAGGGCGAAUCAAACUGACAUUAUUCGUAUCUUGUUACGAAAUGGUGCUGCUGUAGAUGCCAAGGCGCGUGAGGACCAAACUCCUCUGCACGUGGCAUCACGUUUAGGGAAUGUCGACAUUGUUAUGCUGCUUUUGCAACAUGGCGCUCAACCGCACACAACUACGAAGGAUCUUUACACGCCGUUGCACAUUGCGUCUAAAGAAGGACAAGAAGAAGUUGCUAGUGUUCUUCUUGAUAACGGUGCUGAUUUAACGGCGACGACCAAAAAGGGCUUUACACCUUUACAUUUGGCGUCUAAGUAUGGGCAUCUAAAAGUAGCUAAACUCUUGCUACAACGCGAUGCACCCGCCGACGCUCAAGGGAAAAAUGGCGUCACACCAUUGCACGUGGCAGCGCACUACGACCAUCAACCGGUAGCUCUUUUGUUACUCGACAAGGGAGCUUCACCGCACGCCACCGCGAAAAAUGGACACACACCUUUGCACAUUGCUGCCAAGAAGAAUCAAAUGGACAUUGCGACCACGCUUCUGGAGUAUGGUGCUCAGGCUGAUGCUGAAUCUAAGGCAGGGUUCACUCCGUUACAUCUCAGCAGUCAGGAAGGUCAUUCGGAUAUGUCUUCAUUGCUAUUGGAACACCAGGCUAAUCCUAACAACUCUUCCAAGAACGGACUCACUCCAUUGCAUUUAUGCGCACAAGAAGACAGAGGUUCAGUCUCCCAGUUGCUUCUUCGUGCCGGGGCUCAAAAAGACGCGCGCACUAAGCAAGGUUACACACCUUUGCACAUUGCUUGCCAUCAUGGUCAUGUCAAUAUGGUACGGGUGUUGAUUGAGCAAGGCGCUGAUGUCAAUCCAGCGACUAGUGCCGGUUAUACUCCGCUUCAUCAAGCUGCACAGCAAGGUCACGUACUUGUCAUCAGUUUGCUGUUAAAGAAUAAAGCUGAUCCUAAUGCAGUAACAAAUAAUGGACACACUGCUUUGGGUAUUGCCAACAAACUUGGUUACAUCAGCGUUGUGGAAGAGCUGAAAGUGGUGACAGAGAUUGAUGUAACCACAACAACUACUGUAAACAUUGAGGAGAAAUACAAGGUGGUUGCACCGGAAGCAAUGCAAGAGACGUUCAUGUCUGACUCAGAAGAUGAAGGCGGCGGUGCGGAUGAGCCUCCCGUGGCUUACGGACGACCUACGCAUGCGCAGCACGUUUAUCUGCCAUACUAUCAAGGGAAUAUGAAUUAUACACGCGAUGACUUAAUGGGUGACCAGCAGCAGUACAAGUACAUGACUGUCGACGACAUGAAGUCGCUCGGGGAUGAUUCGAUGCGAUUGGACGUUACGAACGACGAAAAGCACGACAUGCGUAACUCGGUCGCGCAUUCAUACAACAGUGACUACAUUAUUGCGCCACAGCACAUUAAAGAGAUGUACACAGCCGCCAAUCAUGCCGCCACUUAUCAAACUCCAGAUAAUAUCGAUAUUAAUCGACAACCCAUAACGGUGGGUAACGAGUGGUCUGCGCUAGAGUGGUCGCUGUGCCGUCUGGGUGUCUACAAGCCUGGCAUGGGGUUGUGCCGAGAAAGUUUUCUAGUAUCGUUCUUGGUGGACGCACGUGGCGGGGCUAUGCGAGGAUGUCGUCAUUCUGGUGUUCGUGUAAUUGUGCCACCGCGAUGCGCAGGCAGUCCUACCAGGAUUACUUGCAGAUACAUUCGUCCCAAACGGAUGCCACAUCCACCACCUCUAAUGGAGGGCGAAGCUUUGGCGAGCAGAAUUCUGGAACUUGGACCAGUUGGUGCCAACUUCUUAGGUCCAGUGAUUAUCGAAGUUCCGCACUUCGCUUCCUUGCGUGGUAAGCAGCGCGAAAUCAUCGUGCUACGAUCGGAAAACGGAGAAACCUGGAAGGAGCACACCUUGGAAGCGAAUGAGACUGCCGUGCAAGAUGUUUUGCAGCAGAGUUUCGAAGGCGAAGAAUUGAGCAAGAUUGACGAUUUGCACACGAACCGCAUUACGCGGAUCCUAACAAGCGAUUUCCCACAUUACUUCGCCGUCGUAUCUCGCGUCCGGCAGGAGGUGCACGUUAUUGGUCCCGAUGGAGGCACAGUCUCUAGUUCAGCAGUGCCCUUGGUGCAGGCUGUUUUCCCGUCAAAUGCAUUGACCAAGCGCAUUCGGGUUGGGCUGCAGGCUCAAGGUAUUGAACCGGAACUGGUGUCCAAAUUGCUUGGCCACAGCGUUGCUGUAUCGCCAAUUGUAACCGUGGAGCCACGUCGCCGAAAAUUCCAUAAAGCUAUAACACUCAGCCUACCAGCACCGAGGGCUCACUCCCAAGGAAUGAUCAAUCAAUAUUCCGGCUCCGCGCCCACGCUCAGACUUUUGUGUUCAAUUACAGGCGGGCAAAACAAAGCCGUUUGGGAGGAUGUCACUGGUUCCACCCCGCUGUCUUUCGUCAAAGAUUGCGUUUCAUUUACAACUACAGUUUCUGCGCGCUUUUGGCUUAUGGAUUGUCGGAACGUUGCUGAUUCGGCGAGAAUGGCAACUGAACUUUACACACAGGCGGCUCAUGUACCAUUCAUGGCCAAGUUUGUCGUUUUUGCCAAACGCGUGAGCUCCCUGGAAGCUCGCGUUCGCGUGUUCUGCAUGACUGAUGAUAAGGAAGACAAGACUUUAGAGCAUCAGGAACACUUCAGGGAAAUUGCGAAGAGUCGCGACAUUGAAGUCCUUGAAGGCAAGGACAUUUUCAUGGAGUUUGCCGGAAAUCUUGUUCCAGUGCUUUCUUCCGGCGAUCAACCGCGCCUGAACUUUAAAGCGUUCCGCGAGAAUCGCGUUGCGUUUACAAUGAGAAUUCGAGAUCAGGACGACGAGCCGGAAGGUCGUAUUAUGUUUAUGACUGAUCCGAAAGUGGCGCGUGGUGAACCUAAUCAAACUCCAUUAUGCACUUUGAAAAUGUUGAUGCCAAAAGAUAUUUUACCAGACAGAGAUUCUCAGUCUGAUUUACUUUCGAUUGAAAAGGACCACAGCUUUAAUAAGGUAUUGGUUGCUCCCGAGACAAUUCAUCGGGCUGACUUUAGAUUAUCCGACAUUUGCGAUUUGCUGGAUGACGAUUGGGCCAAACUCGCAACUGAACUUGAGAUUUCAGCGUCCGACAUUGAGAUAAUAAAAGAAGAAUAUCCGGAAAAUAAUUCUCAGCAGGCGAUGGUUAUGUUCCGAUUAUGGUUGAGGCAGAAAGCUAAUCAGGCUACUGGCAACCGACUUGAGCAAGCAUUGAAUUCAAUCGGCCGCGAAGAUAUCGUUCAAAAAUGCAUUUGCAAUGUUGAACUUGUUACCGACGACAUGGAACAAGCAUUAGCAAAGAUGCGGUUAGAACAGUCCGAAUUUGACAACUUGAAGGAUGAGCUGGGUCCUUCAAGGGACACAUCUUUGAAGCGCGAUGCGAGUUUAAAGAUUUUCACCGGUAGUCAAGAUGAGUUAGACAUCAGCGAAAAGAACGAUGAAACUGAGAAAGAUGUCACCGAAACAAUAAGCGAAUGCGUCAUUAAAUCAAAAGAAGAAGUAAUUAAGGAACUGCCAAAAAUUUCGGCGGCAUCGUCGGAAGAGGAUGUAUUACAAAAUCAAACUGAUUCGCACAAUGAUGAAACACCCUGCUCACCGAACGAAUGCGUGAUUGGCGAUAUCACAGAAGAACUGCAUCAAAAAUUGGACGAGAGUAUGUUAAAAGUAGAUCCAAAUGCUAGUACACCACCACCAAGUCCGGCUGAGUUCAAUCAAUCCCCACCGGAACCAGACGUCAAUGAAGCCCUCUUAGAGACGGAACGGCUUAUUACAAACGUUGAUCCCAUCGAAGUUCUGAAGAAAAAUGUUAGCGACACGCUAUCGUUCCUGCACCAAGAGCGCAACGAUUUUCUACCCCUCGAAGACGAACUGAUUCCGAGUCGGAAAGACGAUCAUGUCUCAUUGAAUAUCAACUUGGACAUAAUUAAAAAGAAGGGUCGUAAUGACGUCGAGGCAGCGGCUGCGAAUGAAAUUGGUGAGGUGAUUCGAAAAGCCGAGGAAGUUGUCAACGACUUACAACAGAAUGGUGGCGACAUAUCGGCCGUGAUUAAAAGCGAAGAAGCAUUCAAAUUUCUUGAGAACGAAGCUUCCUCGCCAAUUCUAGAGCCGAAAUCGGUGUCGUUCCAAAGUAGUCCUAGUACCAAGAGUGCGAUACCAGUUCCAAGUCAGCGACAGCCAGCGACCAAUCGAACGGACGACGAGAAGGAUAAAGAUUUGGAAAGAUUGCUCGAAGAUCCUGAGAUCAUGUGCAAGAUUCCAGUGAGUUUGAAGGGUGGUAAAGUGAAGACGAUAAAGAAACAUUCGAAGGACCCGCUGAAAGAGUUUACGAAGCUGUCGCUGAACUGGGAUGAGACUGAGGGCGAGAAGCCACCAUCGCCAACGAAAAGCAAGAUUCCCGUGCUGUUGUCGGGCGGGGAGACGUGCACAACCACCGUUACGACCACCACCAAAGUGGUACAUGGCGGUGAGCUUAUUUCACCCGAUUCGAAAGCCUCUAAGAGUAGUACGAUAGACUCGGAUUCAGAAAAUGAUAGUAGGCUUAGUCCGCCCCUUAAGGGUAUUCUGAAGAAGACUAGUAUGCGAACGAUAGGCAGCUCUAGUGGUUCGGACGUCGCCCUGCACGAGGCGGGCGCCGAACUUAGUGACAGCGAAUCAGAUGAUUUUUACCCGGAACCUCAAUUUACGGAAACGACAACUGAAGAAAUUGAUCCAGUAACAGGCGCAAAAACUACAAGAACUAUUCGUACGGCAACCACAAUGUUAUCUUCACCGUCAGGUCGUCACGAACUGAUGGAAAAUAUGCAAAGCGUCAUCGACAACUUUAUGUCAGAGGAGAGGCAGCAAAAAUAAGUUUAUUAACUCCUUUGUAUGCGUAAUGGACUAAUGUUUUCAACUUCAAAUAGUUAGAGGAUUUAUUAUCUAAUAACUUGUAUGAAACAACUCUGCAGGCAGCUACAAAUUACGUGCCCCGCACCCCAAGGACGUGCGGCGAGCGUCCCAUUCGAUUAAUCCCAUGCAUUUCUUUCGGGCACGAAAUAUCGCGUCGUUCCUUACAGUGAAAUACUUACAAAUAGUCAACUAACAUGGAAACUAAUUUUUUUGUUGACAAACAUGUCAACUGAUUCAAUUGAAACUAGUGCGAGCUACGGUGAUUUUACUUUUGAUUUCUUUUCCGUUUCUGCACCGAAGCAGCUUAAUAUUCCUAGUUAUUUUAACAGACUAAUGUUUUUGUAAAUUUUAUUCUAUGAAAUGGACAUUGCUCUAUAGAACUACAUAAAAACGUCACGGUUUAAUUAAUAUUAAUACUAAGAGUUUAUUGAAAAGUUGAAUGAUGAGAAUAGAGAUUAUAUUAUUAAUAUAUAAAUAUAGAUUUUAAUAUAUUUAAAAAAUAUAUCGCUUCAUAUACAUAUUAUCUGACUUAAUAUUAAAGUGAAAAGCAAAACGGAUGAUACAAAAUAAAAUAAAAGUUCUGUUAAAUUAUUGUAUACUUGAUAUAUUAUUGCAAUCAUGAUAUAUUAUUCGACAUAUAAACAGACAAAUAUUAUAGUUGCUUAUAUUAGAUAUAACAUUGUUUGAGGGAUGAUAAUGAUAUAAUAAAUGAGUGGUAUAAUAAAAAAUAA